UUUUCUAAUCACUAUAGGUGUUUUAUUAAAAUAAUCUUUAUAAAUAACAAUGAUGAUAGAACAUUUUUUAGGUUAGCGGCAGACAGUGUUCAUUCUCUGGUGUUAUUUACAACAUCAAUCCAAGAUUUUUUCCAGACAGAAAGUGUUAAAUAAUUUUUAUCAAAACGUCUGGCGAUACGAAAAUGAUAAGGGCGUGCUCGAAGAAGGUGUCGUUUACGCUCUGUGAAAAUUUGAACCCUAAAAUGUCCAAAUUACGUAUGAGCAACAUGCCAAACCCGCUAGUUGCUGUGUGUCAAAUGACUUCUACAUCAAAUAAAGAUAAAAACUUUGAAGCUGUUAGCCACUUAGUUGCUGAAGCUAAAAGGAGAAAUGCAUGUAUUGCAUUUCUACCUGAGGCGUGUGACUACUUGGCUGAUAAUAAAGCAGAUGCUGUAUCAAUGGCUGAACCAUUGGAUGGCAUUACAAUAAAGCGGUAUAAAGAAUUAGCGCUAAAAGAAGAUAUGUGGUUGUCUUUAGGAGGAGUUCAUGAAGCUUUACCUGACAAAGGAAAGACCCAAAAUUCACACAUAAUAAUCAAUAACAAAGGAGAAGUUGUAUCAACUUAUAGAAAAAUCCAUCUUUUUGACAUGGAAAAUAAAGAUACUGGUGUUCGAUUAAUGGAGUCAGAUUAUGUUCAAAAAGGUGGUGAAAUAGUUACUCCGGUAUCAUCACCCAUUGGUAGGAUAGGUUUGAGUAUUUGUUAUGAUAUGCGCUUCCCUGAAUUAUCUAUUUGUCUUCGAAAUAUGGGAGCACAAAUUUUGACAUUUCCAUCAGCUUUUACAUACCAAACAGGAGCAGCACAUUGGGAAGUUUUAUUGAGAGCCCGAGCAAUUGAAUCUCAAUGCUAUGUUAUAGCAGCUGCCCAAGUAGGAACACAUAAUAAAAAAAGAGUUAGUUGGGGUCAUUCAAUGAUAAUUGAUCCUUGGGGAACAAUCAUUGCUCAGUGUAUGGAAAAACAGGGCGUAGCAGUUGCUGAAAUAGAUUUAGAUAUAAUUGAUAAAGUAAGAAGAAACAUGCCUAAUGAACAGCAUAGACGAACAGACUUGUAUCCUGCCAUUUUACCAUUAAAACAUUGAAUGUUCUAUGUCAUAAAUAUUUAGUAAUAAGUAAUUUUAUUGAUUAAAUGAAAAUAAUGUGAUUAUUAGCUGAGCAAUAUGUAAAAACAAUUUCAUAAUUAAGUUUUCAACUUAAGCUUGUAUAUAUAUUUUUAUAUUAUAA